CGUACCUUGUGUUACAAAUACAUCUGAGCAUAUUCGCAAAACCACGGGGGAAACAACGACACAAUCAGAGAGGACAACAGCUGUACAGGCCAUUUUACCGUAAUCCCUGACGUGAACUCAUUGACAAGAGACGAUGCCACGAAAACUAGUGUCAGAUCCAUAUAGGGGAUGGUAUUCUUGGGAAUCUCACUUCAAUGCUGCAAUGCGUAUGAGUUCACGGUCUUUGUGGGCUCUAAAGAUGAAGAACGAAAAGGAAGACCUAACCUGCAAGAGGCACCUGGACAAAAUCACCUUUGACCAAAGGAUAGAAACAUCCGAGCAUUCCAAGAAUGUCAAGACCCUCCAACGUGAAUACAAUAAACUGAUCGCCUUCAAGAAGGUGUCCGAUAUCUAUAACUUCCAACAACAUGAGAAGCUGAAAGAAAACAGACAAGUCUCUAGUCCUAUGAAGGAGUCGAACAAUGUGUCAACUUGUAAACCUUCUAGGGACAAUAAGUGGAAGAAGAUGCUCCAGCCUCAUUUAGAUACAGCCAAACAAGAUACCCACGCUGAUGAAACCAAGAAAGAUGGGUACCAUUACUCGUAUGAUCUCUUCCCCAGCCUAACUCUGUACAAGGCUAAGGCGGGAUGCUAUCCAGGACAUCUACCACAAACUGGUACAGGUUUUCGGAGGUUACUGUCGAAGGAGAAUGGACUUCUGGUUCCAGAGAAGAUACGCUCUGAAACAGCUGAUCAAAACUGGUCUCAGACCUUAGCUAGCGUCAAGGGUAUUGUGAGGUGGAAGACUCUUAUGCAAAGAUCGAAAGAGGAAUCGGUUCAAAAGGAUGUUGCAGUGGGUCCAAACGUCGAAACUCGGGCCUCCAAGAGAUCGGUUUUACCAGGAGAUUGCAAGAAUAUAUAUGCUCUGAAGAAACUGAUGAAGAAAGAGCUAAAAGAAGCUGUGGAUUAUGAAAAUAGGAAGAGAAUAUUAUUUCCAUCUGUAUCAAGAAAGGCGCCGUUUAAAGCGAACUGUUGCAGCAAAUUUGGAGACGUGACCACCAUGAAAGUGUUUUCAAUGAUAUAA